AUGGAAACAGAUAUUAAUUCUGAAAUCUUGCAAAUUGUGCUCAUCGACAGCACACCGUACCGGCUGUGGUAUGAAUCCCAUUAUGCACUGCCCCUGGGCUGCAAGAAGGGGGCCAAGCUGACUCCUGAGGAGGAAGAGACUUUAAACAAAAAGCGAUCCAAGAAAAUUCAGAAGAAAUAUGAUGAAAGAAAAAAGAAUGCCAAAAUCAGCAGUCUAUUAGAGGAGCAAUUCCAACAAGGGAAGCUUCUUGCCUGCAUUGCAUCCCGACCAGGCCAGUGUGGCCGAGCAGAUGGCUAUGUGCUAGAAGGCAAGGAGCUGGAAUUCUAUCUGAGGAAGAUCAAGGCCCGGAAAGGCAAAUAAAGUCAUCUACCAUCCUUA